GUGGCACUGUUAUCGGAUCAGUUUCCACUUGGUGUCCUCAAUUUGUCUUUGUGCUCCGUUCUUCAAUGCGAGAUACAUGCAGCACAUUGUCAACCCGUUCUCUUGACAUCAUUAGAGCAAGUCAUGGGCGUCGAGGAGGAUCUCAAAACAGAUCCGCCAUGCCAUCCACGCGCAUGUGCCAUCCAGAAUUGCAUACAGAAGUCGAAUUACAACGAAGACAAGUGCAAGAAAGAGAUUGACGCGCUCUAUGAAUGCUGCAAUGCAUUCUACAAGAAGAAUGGAGAAGAGGCGUCCACAGUGAGCUGUCCGAAAUUCUCGCUUCUCAAACUCAAGAUGAAGCAGCGAGGCAUCCAGCAAUAGGGGAUUUGACAUGAUAAGUGUGUCACGUCUAGGUUGAAGCCGCGCGAAUCUCUAGAGGAUUAUGGAACGGGGAACAACGG